AUGGACCCUGACGAUCAGGACGAGCUUGGAUUCAAAGCUCCCAUCUUCAAAAUCGAUCUGUCCAGAAGACCAGAACAACGUUAUACCGAGCUUGCCAUAGCAUACAGAGACAAAGUCCAGGGCUUGAUCGCCUUGUUCAAUGAUCUGCUCGCAACAAUCGGCCUCCCAACGAAAUAUCAUAGUCCGAUUAACAUGGUUGCCAGAUUACUACUUCGACGUCUACACUCUUCCGUCGAAACUGCAGAACUCCAAGGCAUAUCCAGAGUGACCCAUGUGCCUAUCUACCUCCUUGUUGCUUUCAAUGUCGUCUUGGAUUUGUUGAUGGGUUGCACUUCGGGGGCCGUCAAAUCGCUCGAGCCUGGACAACCGAUGAGUCAAGCCAGAAUGCUUCAUUUCCGUACUUUGGACUGGACUAUGGAUCCUCUGCGAUCGGUCAUUGUCCAGCUCGAUUUUGUUCGAAGCAAAUCAAACACUCCAGAUGAAGUGAUCGCUCGCAGUGUAACCUACUGUGGCUAUGUUGGGGUGCUCACAGGCGUCCGCCAACAGCUCAGUUUGUCCCUUAACUUUCGCGCCGUCCACAAUGCCAACACCAAGACUGAGCAUUUCAGAUUUUAUUUCCAUCAUGUACUUGUUCUACUGGGCUGGCGCCAAUCGAUCUCCAGUAUAUUGAGGAGCUAUCUAAUUAGUGAGAACUCAGACCACACCAGACCAAAAAGCCUGGCGGUUAUCGCUGAAGAAAUGACGCCAAGACACACGACAGCGGCAUAUUUGACCUUUUGCGACAGCACUUCGACGAUAAUAUUGGAAAAGGAUUUCAGCAGUGCUCAAAUUCGAUCAAGCAGGACCUUCAUUGCUGCGACGAAUCACGACGAAGAAACACACCAAGGGCAAUUCAGUGGGGCCACUCCAGCCACAGAAGAAAAAGCCACGGGACGAUCUAGGAUAGCGGAAGGUUUGGAAGAACUCCUUGAGGAGAGUAGAGACAGGCUCGACUGUAUUUCGUCCAAAUGGAACGGUCGAGUCCGUAGGACAAACCGACGGUCUCAGCGAGGGACGCGGAGCCAAUCGAUUCACACCGAGGCAAAUACAACAAUCACGGAGAGCGAAGUGAUAGAAUGGGUUUCCGCAUACCCUACCACAAAUGAACAGACUCACUUUGCAGCUAUCAUGGAUGCAAAAAGUGGCGAUGUGGUCUGGAACCGUGCAUAUCGGGAUCCACUGGACCCCGAUGACUUCGAAGAUUGA